UAUAUGGAAAGCAGGAGUGUUUAUUUCUGCAGCCAUGAGAAGAAGAGUGGAAUUUUUCUCUGCAGCAGAGAGAUUGAUUGAGAAGAAAAACAGUGAAGAGGGAGGAGAGGGAGGGAACUGGUAAGGAAGAGGAAGGAAGAGCUGGCCUAUAUAAAGAAAGAGUGGAGCAAGAGCAUGGUUUGUGGUUUGUGAGAACAUUUGGAGAGACCCAGAGGCUGAACUGUACAGUGACAGGAGUCACCUGUGUGCAUGUGUGUGGGUGUGUCCAUACAGGGGAAAAUAUAGUAUUUGUGAAUUGUGUGUGUGUGGUGUGUGUGAGGGACCAUGCAGGGCUUGACGGUGCGACGCUCCCUCACCUUUGUGACGGGUCUGGUGGAGUGUCUGUGUUUUGCUGGAGCCGUGUUCGGCUGGGCUUCGCUUGUUUUUGUCCUGAAGACGGACGGCUACUUCAGCUCUCUGUGCGGCAACACCACAGGAGUCAAUGCAACGCAGGACUUAGAUUGCAGUGGACAGGAUGAACAGUUCUCUCUUGUUUUCACCAUCGCCUCCUUUAUGAACAAUGUCCUGACGCUGCCCAAUGGUUUCCUCUUUGACCUGUUUGGUACCACAGUGGCUCGGCUCUUUGGAAUAUUUCUUUACACCACGGGGACCUUGAUGGUGUCCUUCUCGACUGCAGCUUUGUCCAACCUGCUGUUCCCAGCUCUCUCCUUCCUGGCAGCGGGUGGCAUCUUGUUACUAAUGACCAACAUGCAGGUAGGAAACCUGUUCGGCUCACGUCGCUCCACCAUCAUCACUCUCUAUAACGGGGCCUUCGACUCUUCCUCAGCACUCUUCCUUGUCAUCAAGCUGUUACACGAGGCCGGCGUCUCUCUCCGCUCCUCCUUCCUCUUCCUGUCCGCCUGCAGCGUCAUCCACCUACUCAGGACUUUCUUCCUGCUGCCCAGAGGCCACAUCCCCUACCUGCUGCCUGAUGACUACACAUACGGGGCAACCUGUGGUAAAUCAAAGACUCUGAGGUUAGAGCCGACAACAGAAAAUGGUAACGCAGAGAUAACGAAAGAGGAAACGCUCAUCGACAAGGACGUCCCUGUGAAACAAGAGAAGAGUUUCCGUGAGUGUGUGAUGUCCAGGUUCUUUAUGUUGCAACUGCUUUGGUUGUCGGUGAUCCAGCUCAGACAUUACCUCUUCAUCGGCACCCUCAACCCCAUGCUGCAGCGGCUGACGGGGGGAGAGCCUUCACUGGUGAGCCAGUACAUCAAUGCCUUUGCUAUAACACAGCUGUGUGGCGUGCUGUGUGCUCCCUGGAACGGCCUCAUCAUGGACAGACAUAAGGGCAAACCACGUGCUGAAGGAGAGAGUGAACAGGAAGCAGACCUGCGGGCCUCGGUGCUUUCUCUCUUCCUGACAUCGCUGCAGUGUCUGCUGUUCUCACUUUGUGCCGCCACCCCGUACCUGCCGCUUCAAUAUCUCACCUUCAUCCUGCAGGUUCUCAACCGCUCCUUCCUCUACGGCGGUAACGCAGCCUUCAUCAGUGUGGCUUUCCCACCAUGCCACUUUGGGAAGCUGUAUGGUCUGGUCAUGGCUCUGUCUGCAGUGCUUUCUCUGCUGCAGUAUCCCUGCUUUGCCCUGGUGAAUGGACCUCUGGGGGGAGACCCUUUAUAUGUGAACAUCGGUCUGAUGCUGCUCAGCCUGCUCGCCUUCAUCCAUCCCCUCUCUGUCUUCCUGCACUGUCGACGUCUCGCCUCCCAGCGAGCCAUCAACGCCUCCUCUUAAAGUCUGUUAAAUGAGACUCGCGAUGAAAAUGUCCUUAAUAUCACCAGCGACACUGUUAAAUCUUCAGUUCGAUUGAUUGAGUACAUAUGUCUGUGUUUUGUUGCCAUAUGUAUCAACAAGUGCUUGUAAAUGCAUUUCAGAUUGCAUUGAAGUGUGGUUUUGGGUACAGUCAUAGCACAUUCACUUUCUCUCACAUCAUGUUCACAGCCAAAUUGGAAUCCAUCCAUAAUAACUAAGAGCUUCUGGUGUGCAGUCUGCUGCAGUUGACGGGUUGCAGAACACUUUACCUCUCGUGAGAUUUCAAGGAUGCAUCAUUUUAUUUUUACUGAUGCAUAAAUCAAAACGUGUUACACUCUUCUACAAUUUUAGAGUGAUGGUGCUCAAUCCAGCUUUUGCAGCUAAUAGCUUUAUCUGUUUUUACUGUUACAAUGCCUUGUGCUGGCAGAUUUCCAUGACUGUGACAUGUUACUGUGUGUUUCUUGUUUUAUGCAAUCUUAUAAUUUAAGAUAUAUAUUAUUGUAUAUUUUUAUUCAGUGUAAUACAAGCCACAUAUCACACCAAAAGAUAACAAUUGUUUAUUGUUAUUAUGAAAAUGUUACAGAUAAUGCCUAUAUCAGUACUGACCUUUUCAAGUUAUCUAUAUCUAUAUCUGUUUUACCUUGAAAGUAUAGAGUAUAGGACCAACAAGGUAUUAACAGUGAAAGGGACGAUUGGGAGUCAGAAUAUCAGUCAGUGUUGUUUUAGUUGGAUCAAUCAGUGAUGGGAACAGAACAAAAAGGCGAUACAGCUCUGCCAUCUGCUGGUCUCUCAGUUCAACUGUUAUCUACUAUUGUGCCACACAUUAACCAACAGUAAACUGAUCUCCUUUUAUGUUUUGGUUGUAUCCAACGUAUGACGUCUCCGGUGUUCAGUGUGUCUGUGUAGUUCAGUAGAAGAAUUUUGUGUCAUGAAGGAUUCAGUUUUUUAAUGAAAAAGGGAAAUAUGUACUUUUUGUUUUACCAGUAAGUUUAUGUUUUAGGUCGACUGUGUAUUUUUCUUAAGUGCCAAGACUGAGGAGGUGUUAAUGUUGUUGAAAUGUAACUUUGAAUAUGCAAACCCUCCCUUGUGAUUCACCAAAUUAAACCUAUCUUUUUAAUAUGAACUUUAGUAGUGUGCUAUAGGGAAUUAUCACUUUUUACUUUUGCCCAAAUACAUGUUUCAGUUUUUAAGUAUUGUGAGAAAUAUUAUGCAAUUGCAGGCAACUGCCCACCGUGACAUACAAAUAUCCAACUAUAUUAAAAUAAAUAUCUGUUCUGUUCUACUAUAUGCUGCAAACAAAUGUAUGAUGGGUUUAAUGGAAAACCAAUACAAACUGUUA